CAAAAAUUGAAUUGCACUGUCAAUCUUUUUGACUUACAAAAUUUUUUCUUAUGCAAGUGAAUUGAUUUGUGAAAAUUUCAUAGAAAUGUCUGAUUAUUCCGAAAUAGCAAUGAAUAUGUCAUCUAAACAAUUGGCUGCCGUUCAGGCACAACGGGUUCAAAAUAAUGGUUACGGUGAGAUGUUAGAGGAGGAACACGGCAAAAAAGGUGUAAUUACUCCUAAUAUCGAUAAAAAGUCGUUAAUCGAAACAGCUCGUGCAAAGUAUAUUAAUAAAGAUAUACCAGUUGAAACCCCACCAUCUACCACCCAUUUGUCAAAUGUUGAUGCAUUCAUGAGAAUGUCGCUGAGUGGAGAACGUGCUCCAGGUGUUUUGAAGAAAAAACGUGAGUUACAACACCCUUCUCAGUGUAAAGAUAAAAUAGAAAAGCUUCUAAAAGAAGCGGGUAUCGACUACCUGUCUGAUGAUAUAGUGCAACCUCCUGAUCUUCAAGAUCUGGGCUCAACCCAAAGGAGAACUUCAGACAUACGAAGCUUACGCCUAGCAAGACCACUGUUAGAAUGUGAGAGUGAAGGCAUGUGGCCAAACAUCUACACCGGUGUGGAUCGACCUAACAUGGAGACGAAGGAAACACUCAAUAAAAAAUAAAUCAUGAUACCUAUGAUAUGAUACCUAUUACAAUCUUAAUAUAUACAUAUUCAUUCAUUUAA